AUCACCCACCAGUUAUCAGUCGGCGUGCAAACUAACUGUGGAGUCGUUGAGUUGUCUAGUACGAUUUAAACUUUUAAAUUUUAAUGAAGUUCUGCUUAAACAUCAGCCUAAGGUGACCUGCACUCUGCAAUCCGCAGCCUGUGUGAUUCCCUAGGUAUUUAUAACUACCUUGGAUGUACCUGGAGAACAAGAACUGACAUCGCCUUCAACUUUCAAGUAUCACUUGUCUCCGGCGGUGGAUCAUGAGUAACUACGCUAUGGACGUCGAUGUAGCAAAAGUCGGUUGCCCUGUUCCAAAAAUGGACGAGGUGAAAAAAGAGCUCCUAAUCAGCAUGAACGAACUGUAUGCCCGGGGUCUAAAAACCAGCUGCCAGUGGUCUUCAGAUCUCCUCCUAUCACUUGAAGUCGGCAACAAUCCUAAACCGUUAACCAAAAAAAUAGAAGGGUAUAAAAGACCUAAAAUCACCCGUAGUCUUCUAACUCCUGUACCUAAACGUAUGCUGGUCGCUAAAUCUACAGAUUUAUAUUCUAUUGAUCAACUUCCAAUACCAUACAAGGAAAUGGAAUUCUAUCUUCAUGCCCGAACCUGUUAUAACGCCAAAGAAUACCAAAGGGCAUCAUUUUGGUUAAAAAAUUGUUCUUCAAAAAUACCAUUAUUUUUGAAAAUGUAUUCAGAUUAUUUGGCUGCUGACAGUAAUAUUAAAAACAUUGGUAGUGAAGCGACGCCUUCCAUGUUUAAAGAAUAUAGAAAUUUGUUAAAUUAUUUAUCUCAGCUAUUAGAGUCUAUAAGACAAAAAAAAAAGGGAGAUGGAUAUUUGACAUAUUUGCUUGGUGUGGUGUAUGUGAAAUUAGAACAAUAUGAGGCAGCAGUUAAAAUGCUUGUGGAAUCUAUAAACGAAGUGCCACUAAAUUGGCAUGCGUGGAUGCAACUUGGCGAUCUUAUAGUAGAUCGAGUUAAAUUGUCAAAGCUAGAGUUGCCCAAUCAUUGGAUGAAAAACUUCUUUUACUGUCAAAAAUAUUUGGACUUGCAGUUAAAUGAACAGAUGUUGGGUAUGACACAGUAUUUGUUCAAUUGUGGUUUUAGUGACAGUAUAUUUCUCCUAUCUAGAGUUGCAGUUUGUUACCACAACAAAAGAUACAUUGAAAUAGCAGUACAAAAAUUUCAAGAGCUCAUUGAAAUUGAACCUUGUCGGCUGGAAAAUAUGGAUACUUAUUCAAAUUUAUUGUACGUACAACAUCAACGAGUUGAAUUGGCUUAUCUUGCUCAGCGUGCAGUCAAAAUUGAUAAAUAUCGUGUGGAGACUUGUUGUAUUUUGGGCAACUAUUACAGUCUUCACGGAGAACAUCAAAAAGCAAUGCGUUACUUUCAUCGCGCGCUUAAAUUGAAUCCUCUGUAUUUAGCUGCUUGGACACUACUUGGCCAAGAAUAUAUGGAACUUAAAAAUUCAAACGAUGCAAUACAAAGUUAUAGUAAAGCGUUAGAAAUAAAUAAAUACGAAUACAGAGCGUGGUAUGGUUUGGGUCAAACGUAUGAAAUACUUGGUAUGUUCAAACACAGCCUUUAUUUUUUCAAGCAAGCACAAUUGCUGAGACCAUUUGAUAGCCGAAUGAUAAUCGCCGUUGGCAACGUAUAUGAAAAAUUGGGUAACAUAGAUAUGGCAUUUCAAAGCUACUUAAAAGGGCGAGCUAUGGGCGAUGAUGAAAAGCUUGGCCUCAUUUACUUAGCAAAAUUGUAUGUAGUUAUAAAUAGACCAAAUGAUGCUGCAAAAAUGUUUUUAGAAUACAUUGAAGAGCAUGGACUAGAUGAACAGACUCGUGAUCACAGCUAUGCUUACAUGUUUCUUGCAAAUUACAAUUUGAAUCGUAUGAACUAUGAUCAAGCAUUUCAUUAUGCACAAAAAUGUUUGAAUUAUGCAGAAACCAAAGAAGAAGCUAAAGCAUUGUUGAAAACUAUAGUUCAUGAAAGAAUACACAUGGAAAUUGAUAACUUAUUAUCUACACCAAUGAGUGAGAAACAGUCUAAGGAUAAGGAUUACGAUAAAGAAGAAAUGCCUAGACAGUUGGAAUUGUUGUCCCUUACCCAAAAAAAUGAAAUGAAUCAAAAUGAAGAAGAUGAUGAUGAUGAUGAUGACGACAAUAGUGAUGAAGAAGAACAAUUGUGUAAUAAAAUAACAAUGUAUAUGGAAAUUGUGGAUGAAGAAUUAUAUAUGGAGCGAUAAUAAUUUUAAGUUUUUAAAAUGCCAUAAAGUACAGUUGUGAGAUAAAUUAUUUUAUAUUUUUAUUUUAGAAUUAUCAAUUUUGUUUCAAUUAUAAAACUAGAUUAUGAUUGUCACUGAAUUGUUUUCAUAAUCUAUGUUUUAUGAAAAUAAGACUGAUAAAGUAUUUAUGUAUACUUUGUAAGUAUGAUUUUUAAUUCAAUUAUAUAUAUUAUAUGUUUAAUUUUAUCAUUACCUAUUAUUUUAGAACACAAUAUUUUAAAAGAAAAUUAAUUUAUCUUUUCCUAUAAGUAUAUAGGCUUGAAAAAGAACUUAAUAUUUUCAACUUUGUAAUUUUCUACCACUUGUUAAUCAUCACUUUUUAUUUAAAAGUUUCAACCGUUUAAACAUUGUAAAUUUAAAGAUAUUGAUGGAAUUUUAUUUAAUGAAUAUGUUCACUCUUUAAAUUUACAUAUUGUUUCGGUAAUAACUAAUUUAUAGUCAAAAAGUCCAAUUCGUAAAAAUCAAGUGUACAAAGAUAUAAAAUAGCACUUUGGUUUAAUAGCCAAGUUGCCAAGUGUAUACUUUUAAAGAAGUGGCAUAAUUAUUAAAUAUUGGUAGGUAAAUAUCAGCGAAAAAAUAACAGGCAAAAACUAUUAAUAAUUAAUAUGACAAUUUAUAUUUAAUUUUUAUGUUAAGAUUGGAAAAUAUGAUCACAUUAUCUUCAUAGAA